CUGAGCGUAUGCCUGCAUGCCGUGUGUAUAUAUAUUUCAGGCACUGUGUAAGGGAUGAAUUAAUGAUUUUUUUUCAAGAAGUUGGAAGGUUACUGAUGCGAUAGUAGUAGACGGAAUUUCCAGACUGCUACACUGUCUGUAGGCUUAUAUUGAAUUUGAAGUACGUUAUAAAAGGAUUUUGACCUGAAGAGAGCGAUCUGGGGGCUGGAUACAACAACAAGCCUCAGUCUGUGUUAUUGGACCCUAUAUUCACCCAGGCCCAGCAUGGAUUAGCGUUUUCAUGAAGCCCAUCCUGAUCAACGAUUUUGAAGCCGUUGCCAUGGAAACUGAGCAACGUAACAGUGUAGCAUCAUCAAUGGGUAACAUAGACCAGCUGAACCUGGUCAUCCCUGAAGAACUUCCAUCGCCCCUCUACUCUUUGGAGGAUAUUCCCGAUGUCGACCUUACAUUUCCAGAUGAAAGCUGCAUUGAUAGUUUCACAGACCCGACUACGACCACCGGCGAGAAUGGUCGAGUGGGAGGGGGCUGUAACGCUGAUGGGGUGUGUCUACCCUGUAAGGUCUGCGGUGACAAGUCCUCUGGUUUUCACUAUGGCGUCAUGGCCUGCGAGGGCUGUAAGGGUUUCUUCCGAAGAAGCAUUCAAAAGAAGAUGGAGUACAAGUGUCACUUUUCCGGGAACUGUCAGAUUGAGAGAGUUAAUCGCAAUCGAUGCCAGCAUUGCAGAUUUAGAAAGUGCCUCGCUGUUGGAAUGUCAAAAGAAUCUGUGAGGAUUGGACGCUACUCGAAGCGAGUCAAGCAGAAUAAUCUUGAUGAGAUCCGCAAAUUGGCAACAAGGCCAGAGACAGCAGAAGAUAGAGAGGCACGUGAGAAACGCGAGAUGGAGAUCUACACGAUGAGCCAGACGAUCCUCCAAGCGAGGGAUGCUACUUUCCUCUACGAUAAGAAAACGGUUCAGUCGUUACUUGAUAGACGCUCAGAACUCAUGGAGAGGUUGAAUAGCAGUGGCGCCCCCGUCGUCCCCGACUCGUUCACGUCGGAUCUGAGGGAGGAAGAGAAGAAAAAUAGCAAGACUUUUGCGUGGAAGAUAUUCCUUGAGGCGAUCUCACCAGCCAUCAGGAGGAUUGUGGAGUUUGCUAAGUGCCUUCCGGGCUUUAUGAAGAUACAGCAGUGUGAUCAGAUGCAGCUUCUAAAGCAGUCCUACUUCGAGGUCUGGAUGAUCCAGGUCAGUCCCCUGGUGUCUCACACCGAUCGUAGCCUCAUCCUCGGAAACAACACCCUCCUCGAUUCCCGUCUCCUGGAGAGUAUGGGACAGGACAAUCUAUGGCGGCACGUCUUCGAGUUCACCCAAUCUCUCAGUAAACUCAGCCUCAGCGAGAUGGAGACGUCACUGUUCAUCGCAUCCACCAUCAUUAAUUCAGAUCGUGCUGGGCUCCGUCGAAGGACAGACAUCGAGCCCCAAUCGGAGCUGAUCAUGGAAUGUCUUAGGCGAGAGCUGAGCCGCAAAGAUCCUCAGGAGACGAGACGCUUCUUUCACCUGGUAACCAAGAUGCAGCUAAUGCGCUCGACCUCGUUGCUCCAGGCGGAGUCGUUGCUUGGUUUUCGUCUGGAGUAUCCAUCUAUCCCGGUCCCGCCGCUCUUGGUGGAGCUGAACGAGGCAAUAGGAGACCCGCCUAAACCGGACAUUCAUGAUCUGUGCAGUGGCAUCAUGAAUGACUCCAAUGGAAAUAUAAACAAAAGGUGCCCCGACAUCUGGGAGAAGCUGCCCCUACCGAAGCUGAUCAAAGGCUGCGGUUUGUUCCACCCUCCCAAGUCCGUUUGCGGCGUACCUACCAACGUCAUGCCAACCAUACCCAAGGAAGAGAAAGGGGAACGUACGAGUUGUUCCGCCUCCAGCCAACCCUACCAGUGAAUCGCGCUCUCACUAGCCAACUGCCUUGUGUUCGAUAUGAUGGUUGUACGUGUGACUCUGCUUCAGUCGAAUGUGUUCGACUGAGGCGAAAUAUGACUUAGGAGACGUGAUUAACACAUGUUUUGCAUAAUUUGUCUGAAAUCAUGCUCUUGAGGUAGGCGAUUAUUCAGAGUCGACUGUACAGACCCGACUCUGAGUGAUUAAAAGGGACUUAUUGUUGCAUGUAAGAGUAACUGGGCAUUCUUGGUCGCUUCGUCUUUGUACUCAAUUUCUUUCCUAUUGAUGGUAGAGGUUAACAAGAAGACUUGAAAUUGAUAUCACCGAUGUUAUCAUUAUGAUUUAAGUAAAAUUUGUUGUUGCGUGACAGUGGUGCAUCAGUCAAUCAAUCCAGAGCUGGUACAUUGGCAUUAUCAUUAAUACAUAUUCCUGCAUUUGUAUCAUCAACUCCAAGCUUGAAAAGGCAUCGUGGCUCGGUGCAUUCACCGAAUGUUUCCACUGCCAUCUACAUGUAGUCUAUUUCACAGUGGCUGGACAGUGUAGAACAAACCUUGAACCUUGAAGACCUAAUCCCUUAACCC